GAAAGACAUCGGCAAAAGAUUUUCAACCGUCAUCUCUUUGUAUGUGCCAUCUGGUGCCGACAGGCUCCGCACGGAAAGAUAAACUGAUCCUUCAAGUCACUGCAAGAGAACAGAGCGGCACUGGGGUCAGAGCAGAAGACGGACGGACAGGGCUGGGAGUCCUGAAGACGUGAUCGGUCGUGGCAUUGCUUCAUUGCCAGGGAGGGACGGGAUGGAGUGUCCGUUGUGCGGGAACGUGUAUCCCAAGAGCAAGAUAGAGUGUCACGCCUGGCACUGUUACAGCAGAACCACCCCGGGGGAAGAGGACCAGCCCAGCGAGGGAGCGGGCGAGGGAGGGAGCCGGGAACAGGACGGGCAGCGGGCAGCCAAAGGAGGUGAGAGCCACGAGACGCUCAGGGCCGGGGGGAUGGAGCAGGAUUGCCCCCUGUGCGGCCUGCGAUUCCCGGCUGCCGACAUCGAGGAACACGCGGCUUUCUGUAACGGCCCCAGCUACAGCCGGAGCCCAGAGGAGGAGGAGGUGGCUGGGCGCGCCGAGGCUCAGCGGACCGGGCACCUCUUUUGGAGCUACGUGAACAGAGAUCGGAGGUUGGGACGCAGAGGGGCAGAGUGUGCGAGGCGGGAGCCCGGGGGCUCGGUGUCGGUGUGGGGCCCGGUUGGAGCCUCGGGGGGCUGUGAGCAGGAUAUCUCGCAGGAGCUGGCGGUUUUCCAAAAGUUCGGACAGGAUCUCGAGCAGAAUCCUGAGUUCAUCAAAGCUGUCAAGUCUCUGCUGAGCAAAUCCAAGAGCCCUCUGGAAAUGCUGAAGAACGUGUCGAUGGCACUUUUCUCAGCAGGUGUUGGUGGAGGUGGCACCGUCUUCAUGUUCUUCCAAUUGGCUAAGAUGUUCUUACCGAUGAUUCUGGAAAGCGAAUCCUUCGUGACCUUUCAGAAGUGGGCAGGAAGCUUUAUCCUGACGACUGUGGUCCCUUGGAUCGAAAGGAUAGGGGGCUGGCCGGUUGUUCUGGCCAUGAUGGGAGCGGUGUUGGCUGUCGGCCUGUUUGCCGGCUUCAUAAAACUUCUGCAGGGUCAUUCCUCCCAGUGACCGGCACUCGGAAACGGUUUGCGGUGGUGGCGGUGGCGUGUGGAUGAAUCUCCGCGGACUGCGUUAUCUGGACCUAUUUUCCGACGAGGGACACCUUCGGCCCAUCGGGUCCGCUCGCUCACUGCCUGUUGCCGGUGCUUGACCAAUUUGCUCGGCGCAUCCGCCGUUCUAGAUCACUGCCGGCUGAUCCGCGCCUCAACUUGGAAAAGAUUAAAAGA